AUGGGAAGCAUUGAUCGACCUUCAAAGCCCUACUCAGUGUUGAUUGUGGGUGCAGGCAUUGGCGGUCUGUCCGCUGCCAUUGCACUCUCUCGCAGGGGUCUAGACGUCACAGUUCUCGAAGGAAAACCAGAGCUGAACGAAUUCGGCGCCAGCAUCAGCAUUGAUUCUCAUGCAGUCAGGGUGAUUAAGAACUACGGCUUGGAGGAGCUGUUCAGGCCCUGCGUCACUGAAAAUAGAUAUAUCGAUCUUCGAGAUGGGGCAAACAACGAGCGCCUGGGUGCGGUAUUCCACAAUGAAGGGAACCAUAGCAGCGUCCUCUGGGGUACACCGAAGUGGAGCAUACACCGCGCAGACUAUCAACAGCUCCUUGCUGAAGGAGCCCAAGGAUAUGGCACCAAGAUCUUGUUCGAUGCCGAAGUCACCAGUGUCGACGUCGACACCAACACAGUGCACCUGAAGGAUGGACGUUCCCUCUCCGCCGACCUCGUUGUAGGUGCAGAUGGAUUGCGCUCUGCGGUCCGUCGAUCUAUCCCUGCCACAGCCUCCGUCGAGCUGAUCCCCUCGGACGAGAAAGCCUAUCGUUGCACUGUCGACAAGGACACUAUGGUAUCAAACCCAAAUCUCAACUGGUUGUUGACGCAGGGCACCAGCCAAAUAUGGCUCAUGCCAGGUAAAUACAUCCUGUCUUGGCCCUUACCACCACACAGGCCGUAUGAUGUUGUUGUGUGCAUCGGCGAUGGCUGUAACGUACCCUACGGCUAUUGGGGCAUCAAGGCCGAUCCACAACAAGUCGCUGCCGAGUUUGGAGAUGCCUGUCCUACCAUAAGAGACCUGCUUGCGAAUAUCGGCCCUUGUGUUCAGUGGAGGGUGGCCGAGCUUCCUCCUCUGAGUACCUGCCGGAGUGAAAAGGGGGGAGUGGUCCUUCUUGGGGAUGCCUGGCAUGCCAUGCUUCCUCACGCUGGCUCUGGCGGCUCAUGUGCGAUCGAAGAUGGCGCCGUCCUCGGUGAAUGCGUGGGCUGGGCGUGGGAAAACGGCCGGUCGAUCGCGGAUGCCACAAAGGCAUACGAGGUGCUUCGAAAGCCGCGCGUCGAACGCAUCCAAGCCGCAAGCCAUGACGGUGUGGCGUGGUUGAAUGGUCAUGACGCUGAGGGACGCAACGCUUUUUUGGCUAAGCAGUUCAAGAUUGACCAGGCGGAGCUGGCGCGACCGGAACAGGAGAGGAGGGCACAGCCUCUCCCGCCGGCAGACAUGAAUGCACCCUUCCCGAGCCCCCCAUUCCUGCAGUGGCUAUAUAGCUAUGAUGCUAUAAAGGAGACACGGAAAUAUCUGGCUCAACAGGCACUUUAA